UCUUUCGGUCAGUUUUCUCUCGUGAGUUCCACGCGCGCGUCCUUUCGCAAGGAUUUCACUUGGUGCCGGUCUUAACGUGAAUUAACCGGAUAAGAGAGGAGGAGGCUUCUUGUCGAAGGAUUCCCGCUGGACGGGGAACUGUCAUCCGCCACGAUGCGCCGUCGAAGCACACGGUCGUCGGUGCUUCUUAUAUUUAUUAUAGGAUUAUGCUUGCACGACGUCUUCGCAAAACACCAUCACAUAAAAUUGAGGCACGAAAGACAUCGUCGUCAACAUGGAGAAAGCUAUUUGCCUAGUAGCUUCGUGUUGGAUACGGAUGAACCUGAACAAGGAACGUGGGGACCAUGGUCCACGCCUAGCUCGUGUUCCAGAUCCUGUGGUGGUGGUGUCGCGCAUCAGACUAGACAGUGUCUUGAUAUAGAUGACAAUGGCUACAACAGGUGCAGUGGUGCGUCGAGGCGAUUUUUCUCUUGCAAUAUCCAGGAAUGUCCCGGUGAACCGAAGGACUUCCGAGCAGAGCAGUGCGCCGAAUUCAACAACGUUCCGUUCGAAGGAAUUCACUAUGAUUGGAUUCCGUACACCGGCGGGCCGAACAAGUGCGAAUUGAAUUGCAUGCCGCGCGGCGAGCGUUUCUUCUACAGGCACAAACAGAUGGUGAUCGACGGGACGCCAUGCGAGAUCGAGAAGAACGACGUCUGUGUCGGAGGCAAAUGCAUGCACGUCGGAUGUGACAUGAUGCUUGGAAGCGACGUGAAGGAGGAUGCAUGCAGGGAAUGCGGUGGUGAUGGGUCCAACUGUAACACCGUUUCCGGUUUAUUCGAUACCGACGAUCUUCAAGUGGGAUACAUCGAUAUUAUACUAAUCCCGCAGGCUGCAACAAACGUGAUAAUAAAAGAAAUCAAACCGUCGAACAAUUAUCUAGCUAUUAGAAACACUUCAGGCAAUUAUUAUCUAAAUGGAAACUGGAGGAUAGAUUUUCCACGAAGCUUAAAAUUUGCCGGGACCAUAUUCCAUUAUUCGAGAGAUCCGCAAGGUUUCUCGGCACCCGAUACCAUUACCGCCUUAGGGCCGACGAGUGAACCAAUUUACGUGGUGCUUUUGUAUCAAGACCACAAUGUCGGCGUGCAUUACGAGUAUAGCGUACCGAAGAGAAUCUCGCAGCAAAAUGAUGCGGAUAGCUACACAUGGAUAACCGAUGAAUUUUCCAGCUGCAGUGCGACUUGUGGCGGAGGUUAUCAAUCGAGACGAGUGGCCUGCGUACGAAGAAGGGACAGGCAACCGGUGGAUGAGAGCCUUUGCGAUCCACAGAUGGAACCAGAUACAACCGACGCCUGUAACGUGGAUCCAUGUCCACCUGUGUGGGUGGAGGGCGAGUGGGGUCCUUGUAGCAAGCAUUGCGGCGAAGGAGGUGAGCAGAGCAGAGGGAUCAAAUGCGAACAGGUCAUCUCUGGUGGAAUCCCUACGGUGGUGGACGAUAGUCAGUGUCUGGAGAAGGUGGGACCAAAAGGACCGACCAAACAGGAGUGUAACAAGAACGUGACGUGCCCACAAUUUCACGUUGGACCCUGGAAACCGUGUGAUCAUUUAUGCGGUCCGGGGAAGCAAACGAGAAAAGUGACAUGUUACAUGAAGGUGAACGGAAAGAUUCAACUGCUGAAGGAUCAGGCCUGCGAGGGAGAGGUUCCCAAAUCUGAGAAACCUUGCGAAUUGAGACCUUGCGCCGGCCUCGACUGGGUCACGUCGGAUUGGAGUGGAUGCGACGACAAAUGUGGUCUGACUGAAGAGACUAGGACCACGUACUGCGCUACUCAAGAUGGGACCGUUUAUCCGGACGAAAAAUGCGACGCUGAAAAGAAGCCGGAAUUGACGCGAGAUUGCGAAGCUGAAAAGGAUUGCGAAUUCCUCUGGUUCGCCUCUCAAUGGAGCGAUUGUUCAGCGAAAUGUGGGUCAGGUGUACAGACACGCAAGGUGUUCUGUGGCACGUUCGAUGAUGAAACGGUGAAGAAAGUGCCAGACGAGAAGUGCGACGCAGACAAGAAAUUCAACGAGACGAAGAGCUGCAUCGCCAAGGAAGAGUGCAAAGGUGAAUGGUUCGCUGGUCCAUGGAGCAAGUGCUCGAAACCGUGUGGUGGUGGCACGAUGAAUCGCAAGGUGAUUUGCAUGAAAGCCAACAUGACGGUCACAAUGAACAACUGCGACACUAAUACGAUCAUAUUCUCCAUGGAAAAUUGCAACAACCAAGCUUGCGAGGAAGACGAGGUGAUACCAAUGCAACCAGAGAAAAUCCCAGAUCUCACUGAAGAGGACGAAGAGUGCGAAGUGUACGAGGAUGAAAACUUCGUGACUGUCUCUUCAAGCUUGAUACCUAGCGAUAAAUCUAGUAAAAUGUUAGAUCUUACGGAAGCAACUCCUCUGAGCUCGCCAGAUACGAGUGAUACUACCGGAAGCGACAUAUAUGAUAAAAUGCAAGGGGAUGCCGGAUAUACCAGGGGCGACAUAUCUCCUGGAGAAAUGGAAAUGGGUGAAGGAAGUGGGACAGAUUUCACGGAUAUAUACACAUACACAUCAGGGUUUGAAUCGACGUUCGAAGGCAGUGGAACCAACGAGGUUACCGAAGAUGGUGAACUGUUUGCAACGGAAUUUGGAAUAACGGAAAUCGGCGUGACCGAAGAGAUCGAAUCCACCAUGAAUUCUAGUGACGAAUCGACAGUUGAAUCGAUGACUGAGUCUGAUGGAACAGAUAUGACAACUGAGUCUGGCGAAACUAAAGAAACAACAACUGGAUCGAGCGACGAGACUACCGAAAUGCUGGAGGGCACUGAGAGUGGACCAACCGAGGCCACGGAAUCCACUGAAUCGGGCCCAACCACGUCUUCGUCGGAAACCGAAAGCACGGUUACUGAGCAGACCAUUUCAACAGAAAUGACCCCUACCGAGGAAUCUGCAGUUACGUUUGAAACAACAUCAGAAGUAGAAGAAACGGGUGUGACUGAAGAAACAACAGAAUCAGGUGCCACCGAAGAAAGUACCGAAUCAGGAUCAACAGAACCAACGAUGUCUACGGAAUCAGGAGCUACAGAAGAAACCACAGAAUCUGGUGUAAUGACAGAAAGUACGCCAAUAGAAAUCACUGAGUCAACAGAAUAUGGAGCUACGACAGAGCCUGGAGCUACGACAGAAUCUGGAGCUACGGCAGAAUCUGCAGCUACGACAGAACCUGGAGCUACGACAGAAUCUGCAGCAACGGAAAUCACCGAAUCAACAGAAUCUGGAGCUACGGAAGUCACUGAAUCAACAGAAUCUGGAGCCACGACAGAAUCUGGAGCUACAACAGAAUCCGGAGCCACAACAGAAUCUGGAGCUACGACAGAAUCUGGAGCCACGACAGAAUCUGGAGCCACGAUAGAAUCUGGAGCUACGACAGAAUCUGGAGCCACAACAGAAUCUGGAGCCACGACAGAAUCUGGAGCCACGACAGAAUCUGCAGCUACAACAGAGCCUGGAACCACCAUAGAAUCUGGAGCCACGACAGAAUCUGGAGCCACGACAGAAUCUGGAGCCACGACAGAAUCAACAGAAUCUGGAGCAACUACCGAAAUCACGGAAUCUGGUCCGACAGAAACUACCGAAUCUGGCAUGACAACAGAAUCUGGUAUGACUACAGAACCUGGCAAAACAAUGACAGAACAAACGACAGUUUCCGGCGAAACCACCGAAUCUGGCGCCACGACCGAAUCAGGGGAAACUACAGAGUCUGGUGCAACCACUGAGAGCGGUGAAACCACUAUGUCUGGCGUAACUGAUACUACUGUUUCUGGAUUGACACCGAUCACUGAGGAAGCAAAAUCGGAAGUAACUGAGAAGAUAGACAGACUAUUCGGAUUCUGGACGACCAUUGGCCCAGAAGAAACCACGCGCAAGCAUCGCGUGUGCAAAGUGCUGAGGAAGAAGACCUGUAAGGCCUCGCCCUUCGGUUGCUGUUACGAUGGAAUUACUAAGGCUGAAGGACCGUUUGGCCAAGGAUGUCCCACGGUACAGACUUGCAACGACACUAAAUACGGUUGUUGUUCGGAUGGAGUGUCUGCAGCCACUGGUCCGGAGAACCAAGGUUGCCCCGAAUCACACUGCAAGGAAACGUUGUUCGGUUGUUGCCCUGAUGGAAUUAUCGCUGCUGAGGGCAACGACUUCGAAGGAUGCAAGAAACCUUGCAGCGAAACAGAAUUUGGAUGUUGUCCGGAUAACGAGACUCCAGCUAGCGGAAAGGAUAAUAUCGGAUGCUGCAAUGUCACUGAAUUUGGUUGCUGUCCUGAUGGAAUUAAGCCCGCUUCUGGACCAAAUGAAGAAGGUUGCGAAGAGGAAAUUACUUCUGUCACACCUCUCACAGAAGAGUAUGAAACAACUACAGUACAGGAAGAUUGCGCAAAUACCACCUACGGAUGUUGUCCGAAUGGUAUUUCGAUUGCUACUGGCACAAACUUCGCAGGAUGCGGUGUUAUAAAUGCAGAGAACUGCUCUAUAUCGUACUUUGGAUGUUGUCCUGAUGGCGUCUCACCAGCCCUGGGUCCCAACAACUAUGGCUGUCACAUGCCCUGCGAAAACAGUACUUAUGGCUGUUGCGAUGACGGUAGCACUCCUGCUCAUGGUCCAAACAGAGAGGGUUGUUGUCUGUCGACACCGUUCAAGUGCUGUCCAGACAACAUACUUCCAGCUCGCGGUCCAGAUUUCUACGGUUGUGGCUGUCAAUACUCGAGAUUCGGAUGCUGUCCAGAUAACAGCACCGCUGCUCGUGGUCCAAACAACGAGGGCUGCGGUUGCAAGUAUACAGCUAAUGGUUGCUGUCCUAACCGCUUCACCCCGGCCACAGGACCAAAUUACGAGGGCUGUCCGUGUUAUACGUAUCAAUUUGGUUGCUGCCCUGAUGGUGUCACCAUCGCUAAAGGACCUCAUGGACAAGGCUGCGGUUGUGAGAAUACAGAAUUCAAGUGCUGCUCGGAUGGAAGAACUCCAGCAAAGGGUCCAAACUUCGCUGGAUGCACUUGUGACACCUCGAAGUAUGGAUGUUGUCCCGAUGGGGUGGAAGAAGCUCAAGGAGAAAACUUCGAGGGCUGUCUGUCUGUUCCAUCUACUCCUGGGGCAGCGUGUGCUUUGGAGAAAGAUAGAGGACCAUGUCGGGACUUCACCGUCAAAUGGUACUUCGACACGGAGUAUGGUGGUUGCUCGCGGUUCUGGUAUGGAGGUUGCGAGGGCAACGAGAAUCGAUUCAAGACGCAAGAAGAAUGUAAGCAAGUGUGUGUGCAGCCCAAAGGAAAAGAUUCAUGUAACCUGCCAAAAAUCUCUGGGCCCUGCGAGGGUUACUUCCCUACUUGGUAUUACGACUCUGGAAGGAAACAGUGUGGUCAAUUUGUCUAUGGCGGUUGUCUCGGAAACGCGAAUAAAUUUAAAACGAAAGAAGAAUGUGAAGAGCUUUGUGUCACUCCCGAUGAUUUGGAUCCGUGCGAGCAGUCGAAAGAGCCAGGUCCCUGCGAAGGCAACUUCACUAAAUGGUAUUUCAACGCAGAAUCGCAAGCCUGCGAGCAAUUCCGCUACGGUGGAUGCAAAGGAAAUGAUAACAACUUCGCGACGGAAAUCGCAUGCCACCAACAAUGCUUGCAACCAGGGAGGACACGAGUAAAACUGACGGACGUGUGCCGCCUGGAGAAAGAUCCGGGCCCUUGUCCGGGCUCUGUGUUACGCUGGUAUUAUGACACCGUGCGUCAGAUGUGUAGCCAAUUUGUUUACGGCGGUUGUAAAGGCAAUGCCAAUAGAUUCCUUACACGUGCUGCCUGUGAGCAGCGCUGCCCCGUAAAAGAUAGUUGCUUGCUGCCACGAGCCGAAGGUAACUGUGGCGAGAAGCAAUCUCGAUGGUACUUUGAUCAGUCGGAGAAUCGGUGCAUGCCAUUCUAUUAUACCGGUUGCGGUGGGAAUAAAAAUAAUUUCGAAUCUAGGGACGCAUGCGAGUCUGAUUGCCCGACUAAAAUUGAACAAGACACCUGUCUCCUGCCCGCGCUUUUGGGAGAAUGCCACAAUUAUACUCAACGAUGGUACUACGAUUCGUACGAACAACAAUGUAGACAAUUUUACUAUGGUGGUUGCGGCGGGAACGAGAAUAAUUUUGUUACCGAACAAGAUUGCUUUAACAGGUGCCAAACUACUACGAGCACCAUCACACCAUCGGAAGAGGACGGAUUUAGACCAGAUUUCUGCUUCCUUUCGAAGUAUACUGGUCAAUGCUCCGAAGAACACGUCAAAUGGUUCUACGACAGCGGCGAUGGUGUCUGCAAGCAAUUUAUAUAUAGCGGCUGCCAGAGCAAUGGAAAUAAUUUCGACAGUCACGAAGAGUGCGAAUAUCGAUGUGGAGAUGUUCAAGAUCCAUGCACUCUACCCAAAGUCAUUGGUCCCUGCAAUGGUGUCGUUAAACAACACUACUACGACCAUCAAUCAGAUUCUUGCUACGAAUUCGAAUAUAGCGGUUGCCAGGGUAAUAAGAAUCGUUUCCAGGAUAAAGAAUCCUGUGAAAGGAAGUGUCAGAAACAUGUUCAAACAGAAACACCUACAAAUGUUACUGUCGUACCUAUUGUAUCAGUUGAAACUGUCUCGAAGAAUCCGAUUUGUUACAAGACUGUCGAUCCUGGUUCUUGCAAUGGUGAUAUCACCGCUUAUUACUAUGAUUCACACAAUCAGUUGUGUCAAGCGUUUAUCUAUGGCGGCUGUGAAGGAAACGCGAAUAGGUUCCAGACGGAAGAACAGUGUGAACGUCUUUGCGGAAAAUUCCAUGGUCAAGAUAUGUGUAAUCUACCAGUGGAUUCUGGCGUUUGUAGAGGCUCUUUCGCCAAAUACUACUAUGAUUAUGUCAGUCGCGUUUGUCGCGAGUUUUUGUACGGCGGAUGUGAAGGCAACGCGAAUAGAUUCAGCACGAUGGCAGAGUGUGAAUCGAUUUGCAUUCAUCACGAAGAACCCGUGCCACCUGGAAACGGUACCAGCCUCUCAAGCUUGUCGAUUUGCAAAGAACCGGUCGACACAGGAUCUUGUGCUUCGGGUCGACAUGAUUAUACCAAGCGAUUCUAUUUCGACGACGAACAACAAACAUGUCGAGGGUUCAUUUAUACUGGAUGUGGUGGAAAUCGUAACAGAUUCAAGACUUUCGAGUCUUGCAUUAGCACUUGUCUUACCAGUAAGUCGACUACUAACGAGAUCGACUCCGAAGAGAAUAAAAAGGAUCCUUGUGCGGAAGCUCGCGAGGAAUGCAAUAUGAUUCGUUGUCCUUACGGCAAAGAGGAGUUCGUAGAUUCUCAGGAUUGCGGACGAUGUCGUUGCGUGGAUCCUUGCAGGACACAGGUUUGUCCCGAUGACACCAAAUGUGCUAUUACUCUGGUUGGUACCGAGGAUGGCACCGAAUACAGAGGAGUUUGUAGAUCAGUCACGAAAUCAGGCCGCUGUCCGAGCGUAUCGAACAGCACAAGAUGCGAACAGGAAUGUCUCACAGACGCUGAUUGCGCCGGAGAAAUGAAAUGUUGUAACAAUGGAUGCGGCGCUUCCUGUCUUGAACCGGCUGUCGAUGAAGUUCUAUCGACUACUCCACGACCGGUAAUCACUGCACGGCCGGUUGGUUCGGAACCAGCUUCGAUCAAGCCACCGGAAGAACCAAACGUUAGCGCUCAGGAGGGUGGCUAUGUGACAUUGAAGUGUGUUGCUUUCGGGCAUCCAAAACCAACCAUUACGUGGAGGAAGGGCACAAUGCUGAUUGCAGCUUCAGAGAGCAGGCGUCGCAUAUUGCUCGAUGGUUCUCUUCAAAUCAUUAAUUUAGACCGAUACGACGGAGGAACUUAUGUCUGCACAGCUGACAAUGGUUUAGGACCACCGGUAAGAGUGGAAUACCAAUUGGUGGUCACAGAGCCGAGAGAACUGGCUGCGGCUAUCAUUGGAGAGCCUAACGCUAGCGUGACGGUAACCAUGAACUCCCCCAUAUCUCUGCACUGCUACGCAUGGGGUUGGCCUAGACCUUUUGUCACUUGGUGGCAAGGCGAUCGCAUGUUACCACUGUCUUCGGAAAUUUACGAACAGGAUUCCGACUACACGCUUUUGAUCCGAACCGUCACGCUGCCCACGUUGGGCGUUUACACAUGUCAAGCGUUUAACGCGAUUGGCAGAGCUGCCUCUUGGUCGGUAAUAUUACAAGCUGUCGGUCCAGUGUACAACAUCAAUCCCGAAUACGAACAAUAUCUCAAGUAUCUGGUCGAUCCUCCUAAAAAAGAUGAGAAUAUUCUGUAUUCCUAUAGACCUAACAGAACUCAAACUACUGACUUUCAUACCUAUGGAUUUGUGUACACGACCAGACAAACACAUAUUUCUACGGUCAAUCCUAUUGGAUAUACUACUUUGGACUUUGCUUCGAGGUUCAGAGUGCCUGUCACGGCAAACAUAUCGAUAGGACAAAACCAAUUCCCAGAAGGUAGUGACGUUACUAUCGCUUGUAACGUCGAUGGAUAUCCGAUUCCUCGAGUAUUGUGGUACAAAGAUAACGAGCUGAUUCACCAAAACAAUCGAAUUCAAAUUACUGAUUUGAACAGACUUGUGAUCAGCGACGCAAAUCGAGAAGACUCUGGUCAAUACCGUUGCGAAGCGAACAACGAUUAUUCGUCUGCUUUUGCGAUGGUGGAUAUACAAGUUGCUGGAAUCUUCAUUCACCCUAAUUGCCAGGACAACUCGUUCUUCGCGAAGUGUGACCUGAUCGUGAAAGCAAGAUACUGUACGCACAAAUACUAUGCGAAGUUCUGCUGCCGAUCCUGUACCGAAGCCGGCCAGCUUCCUUCCAGAGGGCCUCACCUGAACACAUCGAGAAGGAGGCGAAGGUACAUUCUGAAGAAUCUCGUCUAAGAAAGUUUCGUUUGCUUCCUGCGAGCCCGAUGAACAAAGCAGAGCAAUUACGAUAAGGUCUCUCUUGCAUAGUUCAAUUAGUAUUGUUAAUAAAAUUUGACAAGUCACAAGUUUUCAGCACUGAUGAAUUUUGAGAAGAAAAAAAGAAAUAAAUUUCUCAAAUUAUGAGACUACUAAUUAUCCUACUUGGAUGAAAUAUGGAAUAGAAAAAUUAUUAAGAAUUCCAGGACAUGAUGUAGUGAAAUUAUUAAAAAUUCUACGACAUAGGAUUAUAAAAUUACUAAAGAUUCGAUGGCACAGGAUAGUAAAAUUAUUAAAAAUUCUAGGAUGUAGGAUCGUAAAACUUCGAAAGAAAAAUUUACAAUCUAUAAAUUGUACCUUGUCAAAUUCACUAUUAUCAUGCAAAAGAGACGUCUGAAAAAAAGAAGACUCGGCUCUCAAAUGUAUCGUUACUAAAGAAACGAAGGAGGACGACGACGAGGCCGCGUGGUCAUUCGAUCCGAUUCGAGGACACAAAACUCCUCUGUCUCGAACACGUGCCGCAUAAACGUGACGUUAAUUCACUGCCAAAGCCUUAGAACGUCUAUACAUAGAUACUUUUAAUAUAUAAUUAAGCAACAGCGAGACGGAAGAGCGCGAGAACGAAAGAGUUGCACAACGAGACAUAAAAUGAUCUUAUCGUUGCUGUUUCUUCUUUUCCUUUAAUUCUGUUUCAACGUCGUCGUUCGUCGUUGUUCGUUUUAUGUAUGUAUAUACGAUCUGAUGCUGGAAUCCUAGUCGGUCGAAGCCAUAUCAAGAUAGGAAUGAUCGCUGUCCUCCGGGGAACGAGAGAAAGCGCAUCUCGAUCGAUUAAUCGAUCGAUAACAUUUGCUCUUCUUUUCAUUUUACUUUCCGUUUAACUCGCGUUCCAGUCGUUGGCCAUCUCAGAAUAUAAUCUGGAAUCAUGCGAUGAAAUACAGAAAUUGAAAGCCGAAAUAGCUAGUGAAGAUAUAGUCGAGGAAAAAUAAUUUAGCAAUUUAUGAGUAAACCUAGGUUCUAAACGAUCUUUUUUUUGAAUAUUCAACUCUUGCAAAAUUAUUUUUCUCUAACAUAAACAAUUCGACAAUUUAUCAAAUAUUCUAAAAUUCUCUCUUUGUUUUAUCAUUUAAUGUAUUCUAAGUUAAGAAAUAAAAGGAUUCAAAAUUCUAAAAAAACUCCAUUACAUAUCUUAAUUCUAGAUUUAAAACAAAAAUCAUACGUUUGCGAUAAUAACGUAUUCUGUUAAAUUUUAACAAAAAUUUAAGCUCUUGAGGAUAGAAUAAAAGAUAUUCGCAAGGUUCCAAGGAAGUCGUCACGAUGAAUCCAUACGACAACGCGAUGUAUCGAUCAAUCUGAUUCUGUAAGUGAAAGAGCUUCGUAAAAUAGACAUGUCAGGGGAACAAAGGAAAUGUCGCGAAAGAACGAGUUAAGAUCGCUAUAUCUUUUUUUCUUUUUUUAAGCGGAUAGAUCGCAUUAAGCGAUCGCAUAAAAUGAAAAGAAAAGAAGAAAUAGGGAAUUUGGGGGAGGGGGAACUUGUACCUAUUUGUAUGAAGCAUACAAAUAUACGCACGUUACGUUGUAAAAUAUAAAUAGUUUAUUACGCAGUACACCAUUUAUAUACUCUAUGAUACUGUUACUACUUAUAUCCCUUAUCGAUAUUCCAAUAUAUUGCCAUAACACAAAACAAUCCUCUGUCAAUGAACAACAUUUUACGAUUAUCAUAGCGACGAUUAAGGAUGGCGAAGGUGCAACAUCGUGACGACAAUAUGCUGGCUCGUAAAAUGAGUAAGAAUGGGAAGAAUUG